AUGUCUUUGGAUAAGACAGUUGAAAAUGUGAAUUUGAUGUUAAACAGUGUAAGUAGCAAUGUUAAUGAACUGUUAACAUUGUUUCGUUGGGCAAUUCUUCUCUUUAUUAUCACAUUCUGUCUGAUGGUUAUUGCUUUAACAAUACUUUGUUUUUAUGUUAAAUGUUAUGAGAUUAAAAAUGUUAAUAAACUGAGAGAAGCAGAAGAAUCGAGUAGAAACGAUGAAAAGAUUUAUCUUGCUGUUUGA